AUGGAUACUGUGGUUGGUUAUAACGAGUUUAAGGACAAAAUGAGGUUAUAUCUUGUUAAUUUAGCCAAAAACAUUAGACAAGGUAAAAAAACCGAACAGACUAUUUAUGUUCUUUUGGGUCCUCCUGGAAUAGGUAAAUCUUUUAUCAGUGAGAAAGUAGCCGAAGGCAUGGAAAGACCCUUAAUUAAUGUUGAUUUAGGAGGUCGAAAAGAUACCGGUAUUUUGGAAGGGACUUCUCCUUCGGUAAAAGGGGCUUAUCCUGGUCGGUUAUGUCAAGGGUUAAGUGUUGGUAAACACCGAGGCUCAAUCAUUCUAUUAGAUGAGUUUGAGAAAGUGGCUGAUGAAGGUUUGGCUAUGAUGUUAGGUUAUAAAGUGGAUUUAAGUGAUUGUAUUUUACUCUGCACAGCUAAUUAUGCUGACCAAGUGCCAGACUUCGUUCAAAAUAGGGCUGAAAUGGUCAAUAUUGAAUUGGCUACUUAUCAGCAGAGAGUAGGUUAUGUGAUGGGAAUGCUAGGGAAGAAGUUAAAGAGUGAUAAGGAUACGGCUCAUUAUGCUAAUCAGUUGACCGAGGAGUUUU